CUGAAUUCAGCCGUCGUCUGGAGGAGCGGGAAGCUAUGAUUGGUCAGCUUCAGCGCUCCAAGGCGGGGGUUUGCCAGAACUCCGAAGAUAUGAAGAGGCAGCUGGAGGAGGAGAACAAAGCUCGUGCAGCACUGGCUCACUCCGUGCAGGCGACCCGUCACGACUGCAGCCUCCUCAGGGAGCAGCUGGAGGAGGAGCAGGAGGCCAAGGCUGAACUGCAGAGGGCGCUGUCUAAAGCCAACAGCCAGGUGGUGCAGUGGAGAGCCAAGUACGAGACAGAGGCCGUGAUGAGAAUAGAAGAGCUGGAGGAAGCAAAGAAGAAGUUGGUGAUCAAGCUGCAGACCAAUGAAGAGGCUGUGGAGGCGUCUCAGGCCAAAUGUUCCUCGCUGGAGAAAACCAAACUGAAGCUGCAGACAGAGAUGGAAGACCUGAUGGUUGAUCUCGAACGCUCCAACGCCGCCACUGUGGUGAUGGACAAGAAGCAGCGUAACUUUGACAAGGUUUGUUGA